ACCGGAAGCCGGGGCGGGUUUGUAGCGGAACGUCGGUGUAGUUCUCUGGUUCGGACCGAACUGGACUCCCGGUCCUUCAUCCGGAGCUCCGGGCCUCCGAUUACUGGUGAAAGCGGCGGAAGUCCCGCUGAUGGUCGGCGGGCCACCGGGGCCCGUCAGCCCGCAGGAUGAGCUUCUCCGCCGGCCUGCACACACGGCUGGCCGCCGUGAUGGAGGCGCUGGUCCACGCGGCGGUGGCGGAGCUGAAGAAGCUGCUGGAGGCCGGGCAGGAGUCGACUCUGCCGGCCAGAGAGAGGACGCAGAGCCGGGAGAGGACGAUGCUGUUCGCCUCCAUCAUGGAAACUCUGGGGAACGAGGCUUUGGGGAAGAUCCUGAACCUGGUGGAUGACGCUGGGCUGCUGGCGGAGCUGCAGGUUGGCCGCGGCACCCGGCGGCCACAGACCAGCGUGCUCAACGUGCUCAGCAAUGCCCACAUCGAACUGGAGCACUCGUAUGGACUCCGGCAGCAGAGCGCAGACUCAGUCCCACCCCCACAGACCAAGUCAAAGGAGGAGGAGGAGGAGACGCCAUUGGUGUUAGCUGUCACCAUUAAAGACGAACACGGGAACAUUGAUCUUGGCGCCAUCGCCGAGAGAGCGGAAGUGGAGGCGGCCCCACCGGAGGAGUCGGAGCAGUCGCUGGUGCUUGAGGAGGUGGGCCCUCCAGGCUUCAUGCUGCAGAGCGUCACCUGGAAGUACUUCACGUGCAAAGCGUGCGGGAAGUCCUUCUCAUCUCAGAGCAACCUGAAGACACACCUGCGCGUCCACACGGGUGAGAAGCCGUUCUCCUGUGGCGUGUGCGGCCGCUCCUUCCGCCAGCGGCAGGGCGUGCAGAGCCACAUGCGCACGCACACUGGAGAGCGGCCCUUUGAGUGCCCACAGUGCGGCAAACGCUUCUCCAAGCAGGGUCAGCUGAAGACGCACGCCGUCAUCCACCCGGGCGAGAAGCCGCAUGCCUGCGACCAGUGCGGCCGCCGCUUCAACCUGCUGCAGAACCUGCAGCGCCACAAGCAUACUCACACAGGUGCCAAGAUCUUUGUGUGCAAGGUGUGUGGGAAAGGCUUCACGCGUGCCGUCACUCUACGAACGCACGAGCUCAUCCACAGUGGCCAGAAGCCAUUAAGGUGCGAGCAGUGCCACAAAGCUUUCCGGCAUGCCGUCAACCUCAGGAACCACCAGCGCACGCACAGCGGCGCCCGCCCCUUCACCUGCGACCUCUGCGGGAAGAGCUUCCGGCAGUCGGUGAACCUUAAGAUCCACCGCCGCACGCACACCGGCGAGCGGCCCUUCAGCUGUCGGCAGUGCGGCAAGACGUUCACCCAGCAGAGCAGCCUGAUUUCGCACGGUCGCACGCACUCUGGCGAGAAGCCGUUUUCGUGCGGCGCAUGCGACAAGAAGUUCAACAAUAGGAACAGCCUGAAGCUGCACACACGCGUCCACACAGGUGAGAAGCCGUACGCCUGCGACAUCUGUGGGAAGAACUUCAGCCAGGGCAGUCACCUGCGCACGCACAAGAGGCACCUGCACGCUGGCGGCAAGCAGUACAUCUGCGACAGGUGCGGCAAGCGCUACGCCGACCAGCGCAACCUCAAACUGCACAAGUGCGGCUACGCCUGAAGAAACGCCAACGCUGAAACACUCGACCCGUCAGAGCUCAGGUGUGAAGUGGGCGGGGUCACUGAUUCAGGUAACAAAUUCUCACUACAUUUCCCAAGAGCCCCGCCCACUCACAGACAUGCUGCAUUCUGAUUGGUUGGAAUCUGGGUUGAUACAUUUUUGUUAAACAUUGAAUUUUAUAAUUUUGUAGAUUUUUUUUUUUUUUUUUUUUUUUUAUGUUUCAGGAACUCGAAUAAACUAACACCUGUGAAGGAGCGCACCUGUCCACCUGCUGCCUUAAAGGGACGGUGCGCCGCUUUAACCCCGACACACAAACCACCAGGAGAAACUUUAUUUGCACGUGUCGGGACAGCAAAAUGAAAACCUCAUUUCAUAAAUGAUGUCAUAUCUCAAGAGUCACUGGGAAGCAAUGAAAACAAUGAAAAUACUGAAAUGAACUUUAAUUUGGAAAAAUAAAAGCAGAAAUGAGUUCUGCUCUGUUUGAUUAAAUGAGUUGAAUGUUAAUAAUAAUA